AGGAUCAGAAUUCACGUCUAUGACCAUCCUCUAACUGAUGCCAAGAGCGGACCAAGACCAGUCCUUGUCAACUGGCUCGGCAGCGGGUUCCUGGUUCCCGCUCUUGAGAGCGAUGCGGCCUUCUGCAGCACUGUGAGCAAGUCCGCGGGGAUGAUUUUGGUCGAUGCGGACUACCGGAAAGCACCCGCGGAUCCUUUCCCUGCCGCUACCGAUAAUGCAUUCGAUAUCCUGCAAUGGGUUUGCGGUCAGCCUGAAAAGUUUGACGUGAACGAAAUCUUCUUGUCAGGCUUCAGCGCUGGCGGCAACAUCGCUUUGGUCACUUCAGCCGCAAGCUCUCAAAGUCAGUCAUCCACGGCAGCAAUCCGUGGAGUCAUCGCCUUUUAUCGUGUCACCCGUCAGCAUAAGCCGCCAGAGGAGAAGAAAGCACUCUCGCCAAUCCGGCCUAUUCAACCAAUCGUGGCCAACUUUAUCGUGGAAUGUUACAUACCUGUCUCUAUUCGGAAGGAUGAUCCUCACAUUUCCCCCACCUUUACCGAUGUCGACUAG